UGGAUCAUCAUAGCAAAGCCAUCAUGAAAGCACCCCACAGAGAACAAAUUUCUCUUCUUUCACCUCCCAACUCACCCAACCUUUCUUUUUUACUUUCCUGCCACUUUUGCUUAAUCUAUUGCAUGCUGCUCACAAUUAUCUCGAAAUUGCGUGAUCCUGCAAAGCUCUUAGCCUCCCGGCCCAAGUUUCCUCUUAUUCCCCUGACCCCUCCACUCGGGGAAGAAAAGAAAAAACCUCGAGAUUAUUCUCUCAAGACAUGCUUAUGCUGAUGCUUAUCAGCAUCAGGAGAUGCACUUGCUACAAGAGUGAGGCAGCAGCUAGCUCGCUUUAACGCUUUCCUGAAUCAGCACACUCCUACUUGCAGCUAGAGCUGAGCAAGCCAAAGCUUUUUAUCACUCUUGGUGGUGUUCUUAGUAGAGCUUUUCGCAAAGAUUGUGCCAUGGAUCUUUGGCGAGUUCAUUGCUUGGGUUGGCUCCUUGUUCUACUCCUCUUCAGCCAUGCUGCAGGGGGAGGAGGAGCAGAGCAGGUAGCAACACAAGCGCAUCACGACGCGUCGCGGCGGCUCUCCGCGCAGGUGGCGCACGGCACGCCGGAGCGGGACGUGACCUCGCCGCUCGCCACUGUCCCGGUGGAUAACCCGGCGGCGAACCCCACCGUGACGUCGACGACGAACCCGGCGGCAAUGCCGGGGACGCAGACGACGCCGUCGCUGGCGAACCCGGUGGCCGCGGGCGGCGGCGGCGGCGGCGGAGGCGGGAGCUGGUGCGUGGCGAGCCCGAGCGCGAGCACGGCGGCGCUGCAGGUGGCGCUGGACUACGCGUGCGGGCAGGGCGGCGUGGACUGCUCCGCCAUCCAGUCCGGCGGCGGCUGCUUCAACCCCAACACCGUUCGCGACCACGCGUCGUUCGCCUUCAACAGCUACUACCAGAAGAACCCCGUCCAGACCAGCUGCGACUUCGCCGGCACCGCCAUCCUCACCAGCACCGAUCCCAAUCCAUUCACCUCUCGUUGCAAUUCUGCAGGCUCCUCAUCGUGCAAGUACCCAUCGACGAGCACCGGUGCUUCGGUUCUGAACACGUCGACGCCGACGAACCCAGCUUUCGGUGGCUACGACAACUCUCCUCCUGGAUUCGGCAACAACUCCCCUCCGCUGUACGGGUCCAUGUCGCCUCCGGGUUACAACGACAACAUCGGCGCCGCCGCGGCCAUGGCCGGCAGCAAGGAAACACUCCUGUCGCUGGCGUGCGUCGUCGCAACGGUUUCUCUGAACCUGUACAAGUGAGAAUCCAAGCUGCUGUUUCACGAUUCAAAUCUGUAGAAACUGCACGGCUUUGGUGGAUGUUUUGGUACUCGCACAGUUGCCCUGAUGCAAGCAGAAAGCAGAGAAAUGAAUGUGCAGAAUAUGUUUUGGUCAGAUGAGCUAGGAGAAGCAGGCCGGCAAGAUUGAUAGAUAGAUCGACUUCUCCUAGCUGUAGAAAUAGUAGCAUGUGGUGCUGUAUGUAGUUACUAGUAGUAAUCAGUAAGAACAUUGAGCUGAACUUUUGCGUUCACCUACAUAUAGAAACAAUUCCUCUACUCA